AUGGGCCAUCGCUUAUCCAAACAAAACGAAAAAAAUCACCAGUUGCCAGCAAGGAAGGGUUCCUUAAAACCGGAAAACGGGAGUAAAUAUGUUGAUUGCACUAAUCACAACUAUUUCGAACCUCUAGAUGAUGAGGAACUUCACCGGCUACAAGCACAACACUUUCUUUUACGACUUAUUCAACAUGGUAACUUCAAUGUUCCAUUGAAGAAAACAUUGUCCUUAGGGAACACCAAAGUACUCGAUGUCGGGUGUGGCUCAGGCACUUGGAUCCUUGAUAUGGCGACUGAUUACCCACAAUCAUCAUUUACUGGCUUGGACAUGUCAACACUCUUUCCCACCCAAAUACGUCCAGUCAACGUCUCAUUCAUUCAACAAAACGUACUUGAAGGAUUAGCCGCAAGCGACAACACGUUUGAUUUCAUACACCAGCGAUUUCUUUCUGGAAGUUUCACUACCAGCCAGUGGGAGAAAAUAGUAAUUCCCGAGUUGACACGAGUAGUGAAACAUGAAGGAUGGAUAGAAUUAGUGGAGAAUGAUGCAAUGUUAGAAAAUGUUGGAACGGUCGGAAAGAGACUGUGCGAUGGAUUGAUUCAAGUAUUCCAAAAGAGAAACAUGGAUGGAAUGAUAGCGAAACGAUUGCCAUCAAUUCUCGAGUCAACCAACAUGUAUUCAGAAAUUUCAAAAGUCGAGACUGAAGUUCCGCUUGGUAAAUGGGCAGGUGAUAUUGGGUUACUAGCCCUGAAAGACAUGACAGCAUUCUUUUCGGCCAUUAAACAUCAAAUGGUAGAAGAAAUGCAGAUAUCAUUCUCCGAAUUCGAUGGAUUGUUAGCUGAAUUUACUCAAGAGGUUGAGGAGUUUAAAACAAUACGAAGAAUUCAUUGCAUAUACGCCAAAAAAUCGCACGUCGCAUGA